ACAAGCUCUCAACACACGGAAACGUCAAAAUCAUGAGGAAAGUCUGAACUCGUGAAAGCGUGGCGUCUUUGCUGUCACACAUGCUCGACUUCGCUGUAUAACUUGUGCGCCGGGUAGUUAUUCAAGCACAGUAUUGUUUGUUUGUCGUGUUGAGUCGAUGAGAGAAACGUUCAGUGAGUCUUGCCAAUGAAAAUCGUCUUUGUGUGCACUGCUGAGUAUAUGCAAUAUCUUUUAUGAUACCUUCGCCGCCACCAGGUGACUGGUAAAUCCAAAGACAAGAAGAGUUUGAAUAGGGUGUGCAGCUGUUGGUGACUUUUUCAUUGCUUGAGUAGUAUUGGUGACCUCCACAGCCCAGGCGUGUCUUGAUUGUGAGAAAAAUGGCAGCGCAGAGGAAAUACCCACUACAUUGCCUUGUGUGGAAUGAUAACUAUGCUGAAUUGGAAAGUCACCUUGGAACCAGUGAGGGGAAAGCAUGCAUCGAAGACCAAGAUCCCCAUGGCCGAACGCCACUCAUGCUUGCGGUGACGCUAGGACGACGGAAGUGUGCCGAGCUGCUGCUAUCACAUGAUAGCAACGCUCUGGUAGAGAAUUCAAACUCCUGGGACAUUGUCGACGAAGCAACGAGCAAUGGCGAUCGUGAGCUCCUUUCCAAGUGCAUCCAGGCCAAUCGGUAUCAGAAAGCUGUUAAGCGGGCCACCAUCAUUCCCAAAUUACUGCAGCAGCUCAGGGAGGCACCGGACUUCUACCUGGAGAUGAAGUGGGAAUUCACCACCUGGUUGAAGCUGCCGAUGCUGUCCAAGAUGUGUCCAAGUGAUACCUGCAAGAUCUGGAAGAAGGGUGCCAAUGUUCGAGUGGACCUCUCUCUACUCGGUUUUAAGAACCAGGAAUGGGUACAUGGAAAUCGCAGUUUCAUCUUUCAUGGCUCCUCGGAUGCUUGCACAUUCAUUGAAGUAGACCAUGAUCGCAAGCGCUACUUUCCUCAACUGCGUGUUGUUCAGGAAGACUUGGAACAGCUGCGCCACACUCAACCACAUGGGCAGUACGUCUCGGGCAAGCUAGCAAGUCCAGUGGCAUCAACUGUUCUUGGGACCGAUUCUCUUUCUUUUUCGAGAUCAAAGAGCCUGUUUGGUUUUGGAUCGGAGCGCGAGGAGGAGAUUAGUGGCUUUAUCACCAAGGUCUAUAGCGCUACUGGUGUGGACAUCGUGACCAGAACAAGAGUGGAGCAUCUGAAUGAAGCCGAUAGGCAAGGCAGAACCGAUGGAGUUCUGCCCAUGCAACGGCUUCUUGCCGGAGAGGAUGAUAGUGGAACUGGACAUCUAUCCGAGCACGUUGCUGCGGCCAGCGGUGGUACUAGCAGUGCUAGCGGUGGAGGUAUCCUUCGGACAUUUGCCGGAAUCACCACUUCUGUUAAUACCGUGAAAACUGAACGUGAACACGAUCUGACGGCAGACGAGUAUUUCUUGCAUGGACCACCAGAUGCGGCGUCAGUCGGGGACGAAAUUGGCCGUCCCAUGGAGCUGACUGUUCAAAAGCAAUCGUUCAAAGCAACUGCCUGCCUAGCAGAUCGGUUUCCUUUGUCGUUACGAGAUCAAGUGCUUCCCGUCAUUGAACUCAUGUCAACGCAUUCACCUCACUUUGGCCGAGUUCGUGAUUUCAUUGCGCUACAACUGCCAGCCGGCUUUCCGCUCAAGAUUGAUAUUCCCUUCUUUCACAUCGUCCAAGCUUCUAUCACGUUUGGCAAUCUGAACGGGUCCAGUGUCGAGCCUCCCCAUGUCAAGCGUGUCAGUGUCCCCGUGUCGCAGAGUGAGACUUCCGCCGCUGGCGAUACUGGUGCCGCUGGUAGCGGUGGUGGUGUCCGUGGCACGCAGGUGGCAAGCGGCAGUGGCAAAACUCGCCGCCGCGGCCACCAGCGCGACAUGGGCAGCAGCGUCGAUGAGGAGCAGCGCCCGUUCUUGGCCAGCGGCGAGAGCGGUGCCGACAGUGCCGGCACCUCCGUCGAUCUCCAGGAAGUGGUGAUGAUCGAUGACGAGUGCUUUGAAGCGCCGGCACACUACCAGCUGAUGAGCAACGUGUACGAUGAGUUCAUUGGCGGAGACGACCAGCUGAUGAACGAGGAUCGUCUGCUGCAGUACGCUAUCAGUCAGAGCCUGGCGAAUCAAGACGCUGCUCGUAGCACUGGUGGUGAUGCGUCAGUGACUGGUCAACGCAGUGCUGCUGAUACCAGUGCUGGUGAACAGGUCACGUUCAUGGAAGCGCUGCUGUCGUCCCCGCCGUCUCCACCGCCUCCACGACAGCCCAAUCUCACUGGCGCUGAGGAUGUGGAGUUGCAACGAGCGCUAAUGCUGAGCAUGCAGAGCAGCGAGGCGACCAGCGACAGUAGCAGCGCUAAUGCAUACGAAGAGCUUGCACCACCGGUACCGACAUCGGCCCGGCCAACGUCCGUAUCCGGUCUAUCCACAACUGGGUCCACUCCGUCAGCGCCUCUCAGUGACACCGAGGCUAUGCAGCACAUCUUGGCUAUAUCUGCUUCGGAGGCCGAAGAGGAGCGACGUCGUCGUGAACAGGAAGAUGCCGACUUGGAGCGCAUACUCCAACUCUCCUUGGCCGAGAAAUAAGUAGAAACGUCGAGUUUACUUGUAGCUACUUUGAAUGUUUUGAGUUGACGAGUCCCGUUUGCCCCUCUCCUUCCGUGAAGCUAGACCUUAUCUUCCUCGCAGUGUGUACAUACCGGGUAAGUUCGUAUGUAUCUUUAUUCUAGUUCAAUUAUCUAGCUGUUUUUACCAGCACAAGUUCUGAUAUAGCUUGCGCAAAACUGUAGUGCUGCACACACAUUUUAUCAAAUUUGGGAAGGACCUCAGUCCCUAGCACCUAGUGACGUGCACAUACUCUUUCACACGCUCAUGUGUGUGUGUCUGUGUGUGUGUGUCUGUCUGUGUGUGUCUGUGUGUGUGUGUGUGUCUGUCUGUGUGUGUGGCGCGCGCGUGUGUGUGUGUGUCUGUGUGGCGUGCGUGUGUGUGUGCAUGCACACAUAAUACCGUAUACGCACGCACGCCAUUCAUGCAAACACUGCGCAUACGCAGUUUUUCUUAUUGUUUGCCGGUCAGUCGGUUAUUUUGACAUGAUUUUCCAAUUUGCUGUUUAGCGCUUCUUCCAUUCCAAUCCUUGCAUGCAACUCAACUCAAUCAUAAUAACACAUCAUCCUUACCUGGGAGCCAUGAAAGUCCUCCUCGCGACACCGUGAUCAUAACGAACUGAAAAUUUCACUGAACUAGGCCGAACGUGUUUUCCCUCGAGGCUCAAACAAGUUCACUCGUAUAGGCCCCCGGUUUUUUUAGAGUACAUUAUGGAAGUACCAUCUUCGUAUUAUUUUCCCAUAUUUUUUAUGUUUCAAAACUCACCCCCCCCCCCCCCCCUGCAAUAUUGCCUCCUUUUUUAGCUAUGGAGCUGGCGUGACGACAUAGCCUCCGUUUUACUCUUACAUCAACAUGUACAAUACUAGUACUUCAGUAUCUGCUAUUUUGAUAGGUUUGCUUUUUCUACAGUGAUAGGACAUAAUUGUUGUGUUGAGCUUGUUGUUGCUGAUGUUGCUGCUUUGACGUGAAAUCAGUACGAUUCUGUUGCCCCGCGGCCACACGAACAGUGCCAGAUGAUGUAUGUUGAUGAUCAGAUGUAUGUUGCAGCGAAACACCGGCAUAACUGUUAGCUGUUGUCCAUUGCAACUUGACUGGUGCAAUUAAUAUUUGGCUCUGUCCUCUCUGUAUUGAGCACCUUUGCAAGUGAUUAGCAACUACUUA